GGGACAACCGAGGAACAGGGUUUUCGCCUCGCUUGUGCGGCUUUCGUUUUCCUGGAGAACAACAACAACAAUUAACCACAUUCUUCUUUCUUCCCCUCCCUCCAUAUACUCCUAUAUUCUUGCAUACGCGCACUGGCGAGCGAGGCGCGACGAUACACUGCCAAGGGACUGCCAAUAAAUAAAGGAGGUUGAAUCAGCACGCACGACCCGGGGCAUUCAAAGAGCCCUUGACGACGGACCCGCCACCCAUCUACCUGCGCUAGGCGACUAUUAGAGAUCAGACACCGAAAGAUACUCCGAAAGAGAGCUGCGAGCGACGAGCCAACAUGUCCGGUGAGUGCGAACGGGUGGUGGUGUGCGCAGACGGCCUAAUCCCGUUUGUUAUCAUCUCUCUUCCACACUUUCAUCUUGUCUCUUUCUGUUUCCUCUACGCAUACCAUACUCGCCCGCCAUGGAAAACGCAGCCAUAUACACUGUCUUCACCUCCCCGCACCAUGCCCCCAUGCCCAACCACCUCCCGACACUGAUCGUCACCCCCCACGGCCAGCCAAACCAUGUCCUCUACACCUACCUUCAUACUGAAGAGAACCGCGUCAACUACCUCCUCACCCCUUCCCCGCAAGGCGAUCUUUGUGUCGCCAAGCUCUUCCCCCCUCCCCGCCCGGGCCAGCCGGCCUCCGCCGCCAGCGUCCCUACCAUGUCCAACAAGCAGCCGCCCAACUCUGUCCGCUGUGAGGCUUCGAGGGAUCUGAGGUGGACGAUAGAGAAUACCGGUGUGAUGAGCCCCAUUUACAAGAUUGUCAACCAAGACGACACACCGCUGUACCAGAUCAGCAAGCCGAACCCGCAUGCCGAGUUUUGGACCAUGUUUUACUUCAAGUACGCUGGGCAUCAGAUUCCACCCAAGCGGAUUGAGUUUGGCAAGAUCUCAAAGAACCCUCCCGAGAAGGGUGGUGGUACCAGGCUCUCCAUCACUGGCAAGAGCGAGGAUGAGAAGCAAGUCUGGCAGACUUUGGGUGUUGGAAACGAAGAUUGCGUCGAAUGGGUCGUCUGCUGUGCUUGUUUGAACUUGCUCGACGACGAGAUCCUCCGGGCCGCCGAAAAGCGCGCCAACCCCAACAGCGCCCCCUCCCACUCCCCAGCAUCCACCGCCCCCGCCUCCUCCUCCCCCGCCUCCACCACCGGCCGCCCCAACCUCGCCUCCCUCCAACGCGUACCCCCUUCUUCCGGCCCGCGUUCCGCCCCAGGCGCCGGUAUCGCCUCAUCAGCGCCGUUGCCUGGCCAGCACCCCGCGAUGAACUUGGCGCAGACGUAUAGGCAGGCGCCGCCGCCUCAGCAGAGCCGGGGUCCGGUCAUGAGGCCGCAUAUGGGGCAGCAGCAGAUGGGUGGCAUGGGGAUGCAGCAGCAGCAGCAGCAGAGGGCGCCUCAGGGGUAUGCGCCCAUGCAGGGCCAGGGACAGAGGAGGUUCUAG